UUUCCUCCUGCUCCUCCUCCUCUUCCUCUCUGAGGACAGAAACAGCUCUGAAGGAAACAGUCUGCCUCAGAUUCUCGUCUGUCUGCAGGAGGAGCGAGCUGCGCGGAGCUGCAAAACGUGUCAACAUGGAAGAAGUCCUGGCUCCUCUGAGGGAGGCUGUGAGGGAACAGGGUGACCGGGUGCAGCAGCUGAAGGAAAAAGGCGCCACGGAGCAGGAGAUCAGCAGAGCUGUCUCAGAGCUCAAAGCCAGGAAGAAGAUUCUGGAAGCAAAGGAGCUCGCUCUACAGCCCAAAGAUGACACAGUGGACAGAGGGAAGAUGGAGGACACCUUGAAGAGGAGGUUCUUCUACGAUCAGGCUUUUGCAAUAUAUGGAGGUGUGAGCGGCCUGUACGACUUUGGUCCUGUCGGCUGUGCUCUGAAGAACAACAUCCUGCAGACCUGGAGGCAGCACUUCAUCCAGGAGGAGCAGAUCCUGGAGAUCGACUGCACCAUGCUGACCCCGGAGCCUGUCCUCAAGACUUCAGGACAUGUGGAUAAAUUCGCUGACUACAUGGUGAAAGAUGCCAAGACGGGGGAGUGCUACCGUGCUGACCACCUCCUCAAAGCUCAUCUCAAGAAACUGAUGUCUGAUGAGAAAUGUUCAGCAGAGAAGGUGACGGAGAUGGAGGAUGUCAUCACUCAGAUGGAUAACUACACUCAGCAGGAGCUGUCCGAUCUGUUUGUGAGAUACAACGUCAAGUCCCCCUCCACAGGAAAUGACCUCACAGCUCCCAUCUCCUUCAACCUGAUGUUUCAGACGUCCAUCGGGCCGGGCGGGAACACCCCGGGCUAUCUGAGACCUGAAACAGCUCAGGGGAUGUUCCUCAACUUCAAACGUCUGCUGGAGUUUAACCAGGGGAAGCUUCCCUUUGGGGCCGCUCAGAUCGGGAACUCCUUCAGGAACGAGAUCUCUCCUCGCUCUGGACUCAUCCGUGUCAGAGAGUUCACCAUGGCAGAGAUCGAGCACUUUGUGGACCCAAAUGAUAAAGUGCACCCUAAAUUCUCCAACGUUGCUGACCUCGAGAUCAUGUUGUUCUCCUCCAAGGCUCAGACCAGCGGGCAGUCUGCCCAGAUCAUGAGGCUGGGGGACGCUGUGGAGCAGGGCGUGAUCAAUAACUCCGUGUUGGGUUACUUUGUUGGAAGGAUCUACCUGUACCUCGUCAAAGUGGGUCUGUCCAAAGACAAAGUGCGUUUCCGUCAGCACAUGGAGAACGAGAUGGCUCACUACGCCUGUGACUGCUGGGACGCAGAGUCCAAAACCUCCUAUGGCUGGAUAGAGAUCGUGGGCUGUGCUGACCGCGCCUGCUACGACCUGUCCUGUCACUCCAGAGCCACUAAGGUUCCUCUAGUGGCUGAAAAACCCCUGAAAGAACCCAAACUGGUUAAUGUGAUCCAGUUUGAUCCCAAAAGAGGACCCAUAGGAACCACCUACAAGAAAGAUGCCAAGCUCAUCCUGGACUACCUGGCAGCCUGUGAUGAAUGCUACAUCAGCGACCAGGAGAAGCUGCUCAAUGAGAAGGGGGAGUUCAGUGUUCAGACAGAAGGUCGGACCUUUAAACUGACCAAAGACAUGGUUAGUGUGAAGAGGUUCCAGAAAACGCUGCACGUGGAGGAGAUUGUUCCCAAUGUAAUCGAGCCGUCCUUUGGCAUCGGGAGGAUCAUGUACUCUAUCUUCGAGCACUCGUUCCGUGUCCGUCAGGGGGAUGAACAGAGGACGUAUUUCAGCUUCCCUGCUCCUGUAGCUCCGUAUAAAUGCUCCAUCCUUCCUCUGAGCCAGAAGCCGGAGUUUGUGCCGUUUGUCCAGCAGCUGUCUGAGGCGAUGACUAAAAACGGCGUGUCGCACAAAGUGGACGACUCCUCUGGAUCCAUCGGGAGGCGCUACGCCAGGUCGGACGAGAUCGGCGUGGCCUUUGGAAUCACCGUCGACUUUGACACAGUGAAGGAGACCCCUCACACAGCCACGCUGAGAGACCGUGACUCCAUGCGCCAGAUCAGGGCGGAGGUGACGGAGCUGCCGGGAGUUGUUCGAGAUUUGGCUAACGGGACCUUGACAUGGGCAGAGGUGGAGGAGAAGUACCCCAUCUUUGAAGGACAGGAGAGCAGCAGGAAGGAGUAACCAGGACUCAUCUUUACACAGCGACCAUGAUCCAAUAAAGAUUUUACAUUCCACACGUCAGAUUUUGAAACGUGAAGCUAAUUUACAUGUUGAAUAUUUGACAUAUCUACAUUCAGGAAAAGCAGAUUUCUCUCAUUGGGAGUUCUGAUUUAUGAUGAGGGUUUUAUAAAGACUGAAGGAAACACAUGCUAACAGGGCUAACGAGGUCCUCUGUGGCUCCCAGUGGGCAUGCAGGACUGAUGAUGUGAACAAAUGUGUGCAUGAAUUAAAUAAACGACAUGAUUCAG